AUGGCGACCACUGUCCUCCUACCCCCGAGCGAGCUCGACAGCUAUGACUAUGUCAUCGUCGGAGGAGGUACUGCUGGUUGCGUGAUCGCCUCGCGCCUCGCCGAGUACCUUCCUAACAAGCGCAUCCUGUUGAUCGAGGCUGGUCCGAGUGAUUAUAUGGACGACCGAGUCUUGAAUCUGAAGGAAUGGCUCAGCCUGUUGGGCGGCGAGCUGGACUACGACUACCCAACGACCGAGCAACCAAUGGGAAAUAGCCAUAUCAGACACUCCCGAGCCAAGGUUCUUGGCGGCUGCUCAUCACACAACACUCUGAUCUCCUUCCGGCCCUUUGAAUAUGAUUUGCGUCUUUGGCAGGAAUCCGGAUGCACAGGCUGGACCUUUGACAUGUUCACGCGCGUACUCGACAACUUGCGCAAUACCGUUCAGCCAGUUCACGCUCGCCAUCGUAACCAGCUCUGCAAGGACUGGGUGCAGUCUUGCUCGACCGCAUUGAACAUUCCCGUUAUUGAAGAUUUCAAUAAGGAGAUUCGGUCCAAGGGCCAGCUAGAGCAGGGAGUUGGCUUUUUCUCCGUCUCGUAUAACCCAGAUGAUGGUCGUCGCAGCAGCGCUAGUGUGGCCUAUAUUCACCCUAUUCUUCGUGGAGAGGAAAAGAGACCCAACUUGACUAUCUUGACCAAUGCAUGGGUGUCACGUGUUAAUGUGGAUGGGGACACAGUCACCGGCGUGGAUGUGACGGUGGAGUCCGGUAAAAAGUAUUCUAUACACCCCAAAAUUGAGACUGUCAUUUGCGCUGGUGCGGUCGACACACCACGAUUGUUAUUACUGUCUGGACUCGGUCCCAAAGACCAGCUAUCAUCUCUUGGAAUUCCGGUCGUCAAGAACAUUCCCGGAGUUGGCGAGAACUUGCUCGACCAUCCGGAAACCAUUAUAAUCUGGGAACUCAACCAACCUGUGCCACCUAACCAAACAACCAUGGACUCGGAUGCCGGAAUCUUUUUGCGACGAGAGGCACCGAACGCUGCGGGAAGUGACGGAACAGCUGCCGAUUUGAUGAUGCACUGUUAUCAGAUCCCUUUCUGUCUAAACACCACCCGUCUCGGCUACGAUGAACCCGUAGACGCUUUUUGCAUGACACCAAACAUCCCGCGUCCACGGUCUCGCGGUCGUCUGUAUUUGACCUCAUCAGACCCCAAUGUCAAGCCCGCUUUGGAUUUCCGAUACUUUACAGAUCCAGAGGGUUAUGAUGCCGCAACAAUAGUGGCUGGUUUCAAGGCUGCUCGUGAAGUAGCGAAACAGGCACCAUUCAAGGACUGGAUCAAGCGAGAAGUCGCUCCUGGACCCGACAUUGAUUCUGAUGAAGCGCUCUCCGAGUACGGCCGUCGCGUUGCGCAUACCGUGUACCACCCGGCCGGCACAACCAAGAUGGGCAACAUUGAGCAAGAUCCACUCGCCGUCGUUGACCCUCAAUUGCGAGUCCGAGGACUCAAGAAGAUCCGUAUUGCGGACGCCGGUGUCUUUCCUCACAUGCCUACUAUCAACCCUAUGCUUACUGUGUUGGGUAUCGGAGAGCGAGCAGCUGAGCUUAUUGCUGAGGAGGCAGGCUGGAAGAGGAACCAGCCUAGGUUGUAA